GAUAAAAAGAUUUUCUUCUUCCUGAAGUGAUACCUCGCGCUUCUUCUCCGUCUCGUCCUCCCAAAUGCGCGUUGCAGAGAGCGAAGAUCUCUUGACGGAGAUUCUCCUCCGUUUGCCAGGGAAGCCAUUAACCACCUUCAAAUGCGUUUCAAAGCAAUGGUACGCACUCAUUUCUCAUCCACGUUUCCUUCGUCGAUACCUCACCUCCAACCGUUUUCCCUCUUCCUUGUUGCUCGCACCCUUUCCCAUGCACUCGCGUCGACACCGCGCGAAGCUCAUUCCCCCUCUCGCAGCUUCUCCUCCUCCAACGCUCAUCGACUUCGGUUUCCUCAACGUUCCCCACUUGGCCCUUAGCGUCGCGCAAUCUUGCAACGGCUUGCUGCUUGUGCAAGGGACGCACAAGGACAAGAGGUGGCCACUGUCACGCGAAACGCGCCGCUCCAAUCUCUUCGUGUGUAACCCAAUCACCGAACGUUCCGUCGCAAUCACGGGAAUAGCGACAAAGAGUAAUUUUUUUCUCGCUUAUGACCCUCUGAAGUCUCUGCAUUUCAAACUUGUUUCUGUCCAAUCUGUGCAUCGUUUCGCUUCGGGGGAAACAACGUUAGCUUGGGGUGACUAUUAUACGAACGAGGUUGCUAUAUAUUCUUCCGAGACAGCUUGUUGGAGUGAUACUAGGGUUUGUUUCACUACCCCUCCUUCUAUGAAUAUGGAUUUAGGUGUUUAUUGCAAUGGUUCUGUUCAUUGGUAUAUUAAAGCUAAGGAGUCGUUUUACUUUGAUGUGGAAAGCCAAUGCUUGAAAACGUACCCAAUGCCACCCAAUAUUGAGAACCAUGAGAAGAGUCAUUUCGGUGAGUCACGGGGGCGUUUGCAUAUGAUUCUCAUGUCCCCUCAACUGUUUUUGUAUGAUAUUUUUGAGUUGGAGGAAGAUUACUCUGCUUGGUCACUGAGGUUCCACAAGCUGGAUCUUAGUCCCAUGCAAGCUGCAUUUCGAGGCAUGAAUUGGUACUUUGAAGACGAUGUUAUUCCAUUAUUUGAUAUAUUGUGUGUUGUUCGCCAUAAAAGUGAAGAUGAUUUUGUGCUUCUGUUGCUUAUUCCUGAUAGAGUCGUCUUGUCCUAUAAUGUUUUGGAUGCUACCGUCAGAGAGCUAAGUGAACUUCAGCCUAUUGUUAGGUCACAUGCUCCUUGGGUUGGAGGUUACACCUUUGUAGCAUUUGAAUACAUUGAGAAUCUUUCUCCGGUUGGAGGUUUCACUGCUUGACGAUACUAAUCUAAUGAUCCAUUGUCCUCUAAAUUAUUUUGUUAGCAUCUUUUAGGAAGUGCAAAUAGAGGGAUCGUUGGAGUAUCUUACUUGGUUGUGAAAGCCCUAUGCAGUCAACGCUUUUUGGUUUUGGCCUUCUAUCAGCCACUAUCAGUGUGUUAUAUUUUAAAAUCUUUUCAUAUCGUUGUCUCCAUGUACAUCUAUUGAAGUGUUAAUCUGUGUUUGUCAUAACGCAUUAUAGCAUAGACUUAUGUUUUUAAUCAGCAUCAUUAGUUCAUAUUAAAUGCAAUGUAUGUUUUAUGAUUCCUGU